CCGAAAUUAACCAAAACAUUAGAGGUGGAAAAAAAGAAAAGGAAAAUCCGAGGAAAAAAAAACACGCACACACAGAGUCGCUCAGUUGCAUAAGUGCAGUUCUCUCCAUUUCCCCCUCUCUCGAUCUACUCUUUCUCCCCCCUUUCUCCCUUCUGUUUGUCGUUCAUACUAUUACAUAGAUUCAAUCACUAAAUUCUGUAUCCCUAAAUCACUGUGCAAUUUCUUCUUUAACGGGGAUAAGCUUGUGAUUCCGGUGUCAUGACGAUAAUAAAAGGCGUGAACAGAUCCGCCUGUGUGGCGUUCGCGCCGGACGCACCGUAUCUGGCCGCCGGAACGAUGGCGGGGGCGGUGGAUCUGCAAUUCAGUUCGUCGGCGAAUAUUGACAUAUUUGAGCUAGACUUUGCGUCGGACGAUCGGCAGUUGAUCUUAGCCGGCACUGUACCCAGCUCGGAGAGGUUCAAUCGACUGUCGUGGGGAAAACCGCUGCCUAAUUCUGAGGAGUUCUCUCUCGGGCUCGUUGCUGGUGGGCUAGUCGAUGGGAACAUUGGGCUCUGGAAUCCGAAGCCUCUGAUCUCUGCUCAUCAAAGUAAAAAAAGCCCUGAAUUAGUUGAAGGUGCCUUUAUUCAAAAUCUGUCGAGGCACAGGGGACCUGUUCGAGGACUUGAAUUCAAUGCUUAUUCUCCAAACCUUCUUGCAUCUGGGGCUGAUGAAGGGGAAAUCUGCAUAUGGGAUGUUGCAAAUCCAACUGAGCCUACCCAUUUCCCUCCUCUAAAGGGUAGUGGAUCUUCUACUCAAGGCGAAAUUUCGUUUUUGUCAUGGAAUGCCAAAGCCCAACACAUAUUGGCUUCAACUUCAUACAAUGGGACAACCGUGGUAUGGGAUCUAAAGAAGCAAAAGCCAGUGAUGAGUUUCCCUGAUCCAGUAGGGAGGCGGUGCUCUGUUUUGCAGUGGAAUCCUGAGCUUGCAACUCAAUUGGUUGUGGCUUCAGAUGAAGAUAGUUCUCCUUCUCUAAGGCUCUGGGAUCUGCGUAAUGUGAUGGCUCCAGUCAAAGAAUUUGUUGGGCACACAAAAGGGGUAAUUGCCAUGUCAUGGUGUCCAAUUGAUAGUUCCUAUGUGCUUACCUGUGCCAAGGAUAACAGGACCAUUUGUUGGGACGUCACAUCUGGAGAGAUUGUGGCUGAAUUACCAGCUGGAACAAACUGGAAUUUUGAUGUACAUUGGUAUCCAAGAAUUCCUGGGGUUAUAUCAGCAUCUUCUUAUGAUGGCAAAAUUGGCAUUUAUAACAUAGAGGGCUGUGGUCGAUAUGGUAGGGAAGGUGAUGUUAGUCCAGCAUCUUUCCGGGCACCAAAAUGGUACAAGCGUAAAGCAGGUGUUUCCUUUGGAUUUGGUGGCAAGCUUGUGUCAUUUAAGUCUUCCGAGGCUUCAGUUGGAUCUUCAGAGGUUUAUGUGCACAAUUUAGUUACGGAGCAUAGCCUGGUAACCAGAUCUUCUGAUUUUGAGGCUGCUAUUCAGAAUGGGGAGAAAUCUUCUUGGAGGCUUUUAUGUGAGAAGAAAUCUCAGGAAUCACAGUCCGAGGAUGAGAAAGAGAUUUGGGCCUUCUUAAAGGUUAUGUUUGAUGAAGAUGGGACAGCAAGGACUAAACUGCUUUCUCACCUUGGUUUUAAUCCACCUUCUGGGGAAAAUUACUCUGCAGAGAAUGGAAUUUCUGACCAGGUGAAUGCUCUUGAUCUCAAUGAAGGUGUUGCUGCUGGGGAUGAAUUUGCUGCGAGUAAGGAAACAGUCAUGUAUGCUUUUGAUAAUGGGGAAGACUUUUUCAACAAUCUCCCUAGUCCCAAAGCUGAAACGCCUGUGUCUGCUUCUGGGAGUAAACCUACUGCUGUCGACUUUGUCCCUGUUGAAGAGGACGCAUCUCAGCAAGAACUGGAGGGAGAUGUAGAUCCUACUGAGGCAUCGUUUGAUGAUGCUGUGCAACGUGCAUUGGUUGUUGGAGACUACAAAGGGGCAGUUGCUCAAUGCAUAUCGGCCAACAGAAUGGCAGAUGCAUUGGUUAUUGCUCAUGCUGGUGAUGCGUUGUUGUGGGAGAGCACACGCGAUCAAUACCUUAAAGCUAGCCGUUCUCCUUAUCUUAAGGUGGUCGCUGCCAUGGUCAAUCAUGACCUCAUGAGCCUUGUGAACACUCGACCUCUGAAAGCCUGGAAAGAAACAAUUGCACUUCUCUGCACUUUUGCAGCACAAGAGGAGUGGACCUUGUUAUGUGAUACGCUUGCAUCUAGGCUCAUGGCUGCUGGUAAUACCCUUGCAGCGACUCUUUGCUUCAUUUGUGCUGGCAACAUAGACAAAACUGUGGAAAUAUGGUCAAGGAAUCUUGCAGGCGAACAUGAUGGAAAGCCCUAUGUCGAGCUUUUUCAGGAUUUGAUGGAAAAAACAAUUGUCUUAGCUGUGGCGUCGGGACAGAAGAAAAGUGCUUCUCUUUUCAAACUUAUUGAAAAGUAUGCUGAAAUAUUGGCCAGUCAAGGCCUUCUAAGUACAGCAAUGGAGUACUUGAAGCUGCUUGGCACAGAAGAAUUGUCUCCUGAAUUGACAGUUCUACAUGAUCGAAUUGCACGCUCCAUGGAAGAAGAUAAAGUGACUCCAAACUCCACAUCUAUUGAUCCGCAUCCGGAAAAUCCCUACCCGCAGCCGAGGACUGGUCUUCCCAACAAUUCAUAUAGAUAUAUGCCCCCUGUUCCGUCACCUUCUCCAUAUACGCCCCCUGUUCCGUCUCCUGCUCCAUAUACGCCCCCUGUUCCGUCACCUACCCCAUAUUCAAAUGCUGGGUUACCUGCUCAUCUGCCUAACAUUCCACCAACAAACAUCUUUGUCCCAUCUCAUCCACCUCCAAAUACACCGGGUAACUUUCCUUCGACCCCUGCCACAAAUCAGCAACCUGUGACAACGUUUGUUCCAUCUGCUGGUCGUAAGCUGGCAAAUGUGGAGAAGUAUCAGCAGCCAACAACACAGCCAACACUGGGUUCUCAGUUGUAUCCUGCGGCAAAUAAUGCUAAUUAUCACGCUAGCCCCUAUGGGGCUGGUUCCUUCGUACCAAAUACUGUUCAGACUGGUCCGCCUGCAAUGCAAAGUAUACCCCCUGUUGCGGCUCCUUCAUCGACUUCCGGAGGAUUUAUGCCAACCAAUAAUCCAGGAGUUCCUAGAUCUGCAGUGAGUGGUUUUCAACCUUCUAGCCCUACUCAGGCUGCUCCGAUACAACCGCCUGCAACCCCUGCUCCUCCUCCUCCCACAGUCCAGACAGCUGAUACUUCAAAUGUCCCAGCUCAACAAAAGCCUGUUAUCACAACUUUGACUAGACUGUUUCACGAGACAUCGGAAGCCCUUGGGGGUUCAAGAGCUAUUCCAGCCAAGAGGAAAGAAAUCGAUGAUAAUUCAAGAAAGCUAGGGGUGUUAUUUGUUAAACUGAAUAGUGGGGAUAUAUCUAAAAGAGCUGCUGAGAAGCUUACUCUGAUAUGCCAAGCUCUGGACAAUAGUGAUUUUGCCACUGCCCUUAAAUUACAGGUAGAACUUACGGGCACCGACUGGGAUGAAUGCAAUUUCUGGUUAAUGGCACUGAAGCGUAUGAUCAAAACAAGGCAGACAAUGAGAUUAUAGGCAUGUAUUAGAGUAUGAAUCUGCAUCCUGCCGAGUUCUCUUGGUGUUGUUCGAUAGACCCUUCUCUCCCAUGUGCGCAAGGCUGGCAUUCAUAUAGAUUGUAUCGUCACUUUUUGGUCCAGUGUUAUAUUUUGUUUACACCAUAUCUCUACAGUCUUCCAGAGUCUUGUGAUUCUUGAAAGCAGUUAGAAUGUAGUUUUCUGGGCAGUAGCGGAUUUAGUUUCUCUCUCUUCUUUUUUUUUUUUUUCCCUUCCAGUUUUAUACGAUAUAAAUGUUAGUGUUGAUAUAGAUUGGUUUUUGUCAAAAACAUGGUGAAGCUGUAACUUUCUCAGGACCCGGAAUCAUUCAUUUAACAGAUUUUGGCAGACGAUUUUUUUGUAUGAGGACUUCAUUUGUAGACCCAUUCCUUCCUUUGUUCCCCCCAAAAUUUUGGAAAGUGGGUCUGUUUAUUUUUUCUUAUUCUUUUAAAUUAUAGGGUGGCUGUAAAUUUAAAAUCUGUGUAAAUUUUGAGGCGAGAAAAGCAUACGUCAAAUUCACAACAACAAUGCAAAUCAGGCAAAGAAAAAAGUGCCAAUUUCGUUUUAGACACUUUUGUGUUGCUACUUUCAACAUAAACCAUUUUUUUAACACACGUGUCAUACAGAAUAUUUACACAAAAAUCACUUUGGUUCCUUUUACGCUAGUUUUUUCAGAACUUGUUUUAUGAAUAAAUGUUACUUUUCAAC